UAAUCCCACUAUUUACAGAUGCAAUAUUCAUCGAACUUUGCCUGUAUUAAGUUUCCCAAAAAUUAACGAAUCGAAAACGAGUGUUUGCGACAGCUGUCCGAGAAGCCUUUGUGUAUAACGCGUGGAAACGAGUGUGUUUGUUAGCUAAACUAUAAUUAACCCGGCCUGACCGAACUUUCACUCAUUCGCUGGCAGAUUGCUUUUUUUACCUCGAGAUCAGAGCGAGCUUCGCAAACUCAUUCCGGAAACCAGUGACACAUUGGAUCUUACAGAAUGACAUUCAAAUUCAGUUUGGUUGAGACGUGUAUGUGAAAUGACGAAUUUGUUAUGAGUUAAACAGAAUUUGUACGAAAUUGUUUGCUUAUCUCCCUGAGCUGGUCUCGUUCUACUCUUUAAAGCUGAUUUAGCGUAUCGCGGAUAUGAAGAGAUUUUAGCGCAAGGAUGGCCACGAGAAGCUGGUAUUUCACCUUUGUGACUGUGGCGGCUUUGGUCAAUUAUAUAGGAGCAAUUGAUGUCGAAAAUCUUAAACUUGGCUGCUAUACAGAAUCGCCGCUAAACCGAGAAUUUCGUGUAUCGCCCGGGGACUAUCAACCAUGGAGCCUUACUCCGUACGUUUGCGUAAAACUCUGUGGGAACAUGAAAUACAACUUGGCCGCUCUUCAAAAUGGCAACUUGUGUUUUUGCGCCAAUGCAUUCAAUUCUUCGCGGGCGGAAAGCUCGAACUGUAAUGUAAACUGCAGUGGCGACGAAAAUUACGUUUGUGGAGGGACAUGGGCAAAUUCAGUUUACAAUUCAAGCUCUUACGCUGACGACCUAGUUGUAAACUACUUGGGCCCCGUCGCUGUUUUUGAGUGGGUUAAUCUAACUGCCGAAUUUGUGAACAGAAGCGAUCCUGGAUUGCGCGUUGCGUUUGACAUUGGAGAUGAAAACGGAGACUCCCCCGGGGUCAGCGCGAAGUUUAAAUUCAGGGCGUCUUAUUGGGGUAAAAUCACCGUUAAAGCUCAGCCGUUAAAUGUAGAUCCAAAGUUGGAUUAUAAAAAGCGCGAUGUGUACAUUCAAGCCAAGCCAGGGACAGCGGAGUUGAAUUGUCCCUCAGUUGUUCGAACAGGGGAAACAUUUCGCUGUAUCGCGAAAAUAUACGAAGGGACAAGUCUUACAGCGACAUGGCUUUUUCAAGAUGGAAAGGAAAGAAACAUUUCAUUACCAAACCCACUUUACGUACGGGCUGGCCCGGCCAUACCGCAGUGGAACGUGCCAGGUCUAACUUCCUCAUAUGGUCCAGGACUGUUUUUACUUCCCACAUCCCAGUUCUCUUCUGAAGCACGGAUUUUAGCCCUGGAAAUCUAUGGCUACACAGCGGGGCAAAUAAAACUUUUUGUUGUGAGACCAGUCUGUUCCUUGCCAACGCCUCAUUACUGUCCCGUUAACCUGUCAUGUAAUCAUCAGCAAUGUUCCCCACAGCCUACCUAUCACUGCUCCUCCUCCCUUACUUUUUGCCCAUCAAGGGCUUGCUGUUUUCUGUCGUCGAGUGGAAACUGUUCCCAGUCUUCUAAUUCUACGGCUUUGCACGCAAAUACCUUGAGAAUGACCACUGACUUGGGAGUGUUAACGAUCACUACAGGUUACAACUUGCUUGUUCUUCCCAAGAAUCAAACUUUUAACGUUCAGCCUGGGGACAUGAUAGCAUGGGGCCCGGCAACGGACGGGAAGAUUGCGCAAAAGCCAGGGAGAAGCACAGUGUAUUACUUUUCGGGGUUCGAUUUAAGUAACUUUCUGAUUGGAUCAGAAAUCUCAAUCAACCAAUCAGCGGUGAUUUCUGAGUUGACUUACAUGGUCAACAUUAUUGGGUCCCAGGCUUCAAGUUUCGAGAUGAGCCAUCAGUUCAACACAUCUGGAGAAUACUGGACCCAAGUCAGUUUUUCGAAUACUCUUGGAAACGAUUUGCCGAUAACACGACACAUUCUGGUCCAGACUCCACUUAUUAACGUCAAAAUUGCCUAUCCGCAAGGAUUUUCUUUCUAUGGCACGAAAAUUAACCGCAACGUGGAAAUGACCGUUAAUAUCUCUGCGGAAUCGAAUGUGACUAUCACGUGGACACUUCUCAACUCCAGCUUUUUGUUAAAAAGCCAAACCUUGCGAAGCCUUGAACAGGGCCAUGUUGUGGACAAGCUAAACCACACUUUUCCUAACUUAGGAAUAUACUUGGUUUUUGUUGAAGUAGCGAACAACGUGAGCUUAAUCAAUCGCACCGCUCUAGUGAAUGUUCAAAACGCCUUAUCCGACCUACAUGCAUCUGUGAUUUCGACGCCAAUUUUCUUAGGCGCUCCUACAACCCUGAACGCCUCUGUUGUUGGAACGAACGUUCUACUCAAGUGGAUCUUUGGCGAUGGCACAGACACGCCCUAUGUUUCCAACACAACCGUUGUUCACCGGUUCUCUAAGACAGGAACUCUUAAUGUUUCCGUGAUCGCGACCAAUCUAGCCUCCAAAUUAAUAGCUUGGUUUCCAGUUCACGUUCUACAUCCACUGAGUAUUUCUGUGCCGCUCCAGGGCACGGUGGAUUUGACGAUAAACUCAUCGUGCUCCUUAGUUGGACCUUUUGCCGCGGAUCAAUACUACUGUUGGGAUCACGGAGACGGGAGUACAGAGGAAGGUCUUAACAAAACGCAGGUGUCCCACACGUACACAACGGGAGGCACCUACAGAGUCACUGUUAAGCUUCAAAAUGAAGUACUUGUCAAAGCAGUCUCCGACAUUUUCAUCAUUGAACAAGUCUCAGGUCUUACCCUCGACAAUUUUACCGGAGUAGAGCUGUUUGAUAACCACACCUUUAUUGCUCGGACAGUGACAGGAAACAACCUAACCUAUGAAUGGUAUCUGCACGGUAAUAACACCAUAACUAUAAUGAUAUGUUCGAGUAAUUCUAUAGAAUUCCAUUUUAACCAAACCGGUUUCUACUCGAUCAGCGUAAAUGUCUCCAAUUCCAUAUCCUCCGCGUUUGCUUCGCUCUCGUUUUAUGUGCAACUGCGCAUAGCAGGACUAGGGAUAACCGCUUUCCCGAAUCCUGCGCCGUCCAACAGCACAAUAACGUUUAACAUCACCAAAGGAUCGGGAACUAACGUCAAGUAUCGUCUUGACUUCGGUGAUGGAUUUGUCCUCCGAGAAUUUCCGAAGAGCUAUCUCUUCAAUCGGACAUUCGCUUCCGGUCAGUGGCAAGUAAUUUUCACAGGAGAGAACGCCGUUAAUCAUGUGAUUGUAUUCUAUAACGUGACUGUGCAAGAUCCAGUUGAAAACAUUACUAUAGCCGUUGAGUCUGAGGUCGAGUUUCAUGGAAGAAAAAUCGUGGCGGUUGGGGCUGGCACGCGUUUCUAUAGCAACGUUACAGCUGGCACGGAUGUGUAUUUCCGCUGGAUGUUCGGAGAUGGUGGCAGCAGUCAAACUUUUAAAGGUUCGAGAAUUCCCUCGGGAGAAACUAACCACAAUGUAGGGCACUCGUUCCCUCGCUCGGGACCAUUCAACGUAACAGUAGAGGCUUUCAACGCCAUAAGUCUAUUGCGGACCUGGAUUAUAGUGCACGCGCAACAAAGGAUCGAAGGAUUUAUGUUACUAGUGACUGACCGAGCGAGUCCUGGGGAGGAGAUAAGUUUUGGAUUUUCGCAAACCAAAGGCGACAACGUCAGUUAUGUGGUCAACUAUGGCGACGGCGGACCAAGUCAAGUCCUCACAGCAAAGUCCUUGUUAAAAAGUUUCAACGAAACCGGAGUAUAUAACAUAUCUGUAGAGGCUGUCAAUCAAAUUAGUUCAAAGAAGGUCAGAAAAACUAUUACAGUGCAGCGUAAGAUUCAAGGCCUCGCUUUCGUCUCUCCAAUCAAAGCGGUGGAAACUGGUCAACCGUCUGUUAUAUCGUGGAAAAUCACAGAAGGAAGUGACGUAAUUUUUGUCGUCGACUAUCAGGACGGAAGCGCUCUUGAAAUACUGGACGGGAAUGUUGUAGGCAUGAACGUGACUGUACGCCAUAAUUAUUCAACUUGGGGCGAAUUCAUGGUCAAAAUCACUGCGUACAACUUGGUGGGGCGUAACAAAACGAUAAAAGGCAAAGCCGUGGUAGACGAUCGCAUUGUCGGUCUUGUAGCAUAUGCCCAGCGCAGUACAAUACUUAUGUUUGAAAACGCUGUGAUCGUGGCUUCGAUCUUGAAAGGAAGCCGUGUAACGUACGAGUUUGAUUUUGCUGAUGGUUCUGAGCCUGUACACACUACAAACAACACCGUGACACACCGUUACGCAAAAUAUGGGGUAUUUAACGCCUCAGUUACUGCCAGCAAUACGCUCACAACAGACCUGGUACAUCUUAAUGAGACUAUCACGGUGGAGAAACCGAGCACACCGAUGGAGAUCCGCGGGCUCAAUGUGUCAUGCCAAGCGACCACUCCUGGGAGUGCAAGCGAAAUUCGCAUAAGUUAUGAGUAUGGCUUCCUGUUUCAGUGUGAGAUCGACUUCGGUGAUGAAACAACAGAAACUUAUAGUGACUCAACCCUUCCGUUCCCAUUGCUCCACAGCUACAGCUCCGUCGGUAGCUUUGAGGUGAUCGUUCAGUGUGGAAGCAGCCGAGUCCAAACGACUGCUAAAGUCGACGAAGUAAUCACAGGCCUGAAAUUCAAAACUGGUAAUGGAAAGAUUCUAAAAGAAUUUGGUCAGUCUGUCCAGAUUGAAUGGAUCUGGACGACAGGUACACAUGUCCAACACAGUGUGACCCUAUCGGGCCAUGGUUCAAUUACCAGUCAGCAAACCAGUCAAACAGGGUUUAUCCAGCUUGGUCCUACGCUGUGCCCAACCCCUGGUAAUUACACUGUAAAAAUAGUGUUGUCGAAUUCGGUCACGCCUGCGAAAAAACUUACAGCCAAGGUUACGUUUUUGCAAGAAAUAUCUGGCUUGUCUAUCAGCGUUAAUCCCAUCACUAGAACUGGGUGUCCUGUGCCGGUUUACGUGACUAUUGCAUCAGGGCUGGAUGUAGCAGUGCUGUGGAAAUUCGGCGAUGGGAAUGAUAUUCAUCGUCAAGCCAAAGGGUUUGGAAGCCAGGCAUUUAUCACAAGUAAUAUUUACACCACGCAAGGAAGUUACGAAAUAGCGGUAUGGACGUCAAAUCAAAAUUCUGCAGAAAAUGCGACUGAUUCGAUAACAAUCCAGGAUCCUGUUGAAGGGUUCUCAUUUCAUCAAAACAACACGCUCAUUUGGCCGUCAAGAAAUAUCGUUUUCCAUUUCAGUCGAAAUUCGUCAUUAUCAGAUCUUGUUGGUGCAAAAUACAAAAUUGAGUUUGGUAACGGUGAGAAUUCAGAAGAGGUGCUCAUUAAUCCGAAUCAAACUCAGUUUAGUUAUCGACAUUCGUACUCGCGCCCAGGGUGCUACACGGCCAAAUUGAUCAUAUGGAACUUUGUAAGUCGCGUGGAGUUAACCGCUCCUGUUGACGUCAUAGAACAUAUCAGCAACGCCUCUCUCAAGGCUCUACAUUCCAAAUACUCGGCUUAUCCGGGGACCUUGGGUGGUGGCCCGACGGGAGACAUGUUUCCGUUUGAGUACCCAGUGUCCUUCGCGAUCAUACAAGAUACGGGAACUUGCUUGAAGUACGAUUGGAAUUACGGAGACUAUAUUGAGUUAAUAGAUGUUACAACUCCUAAUACAACGCAUGCGUAUCCUUUAACCGGGACUUACACCGUUACGGCUAAUGUUUCUAACAGCCUCGGGGAGCGGUUUUUACAGCGGUCCAUCACAUUACAGCAUUCAGUGAUGGGUUUGUAUUUAGCUGUCAGUGGUCUGGCGAGACCGGGGAAGAGCGUUACAUUCGUUGUAUUCUGCGCAAGCCUGGGGACGAAUUCAACAUUCGUUUUCAAUGCGGGUAACGGAGGCUAUAAUGUCACGCUCAAGAAGUUUAGCAAUAACUCCAAACUGAAGGCGGAAAGCAAAAUUGAUCCCAACACACAUCUUCCAUUCGAUCCAUCGAGCUAUUACGCCAAGGUUGUCAACCAUGUCUAUUCAAAUCAGGGAAUGUUUGUGGCAAACGUGUGGGCUUGGAAUGAGGCAUCCCAGCAAUCAGCGCGAGCCUCAGUUAUAAUAACAGACAAAGAUGUUCCAGUACCUCGCGUGUCAGUCAUUGGAGGGCUAAAAAGCCUGGUGAACAGCACUGCUCUAAUCUACGGAAGUAAGGUUGCUCUGAGCUCGCAUGUUGAAAUCCAGAGCAAGGAAAGCCACACGGUAACUUUCAAGUGGGUUGUCUACAAAGCGAACACAUAUCGCCCAGCUUCCGAAUCUUCUCUCCCACAGCUACCCCCGGAAUCAGGGCGAGAAGUAAGGUAAGUUAUGGGAAAAAAAUACUCUCCGAGGAACACAGUCAGUGUCAGGUUUGAGGACAAUGCACAUUUUUGUUUAUUAUUCUUAGGAAGGUUUUCUAACAAGGUCUUUGGUAGGCAUAUGACGGGAAGUAGAAAAAU